AUGGGUGCAUGCUCCAGAGGUUUGGAGUGGCAACAGGGAUUGCUGUUGUUGCGGAAGAUGAUUCAGCUGAAGCUACGCCCUGACUUGUGGAUUUGGAGCGCGGCGACGAGUGCCUGUGAGAAGGGACAUGCUUGGCACCUGGCUCUUCAUUUUCUUCGGGAUCUGAGCCGUAGAGGCUUGAAGUCAGAUGCCGUCGUAUACAAUGCCAGCAUCAGUGCUUGCGAGAAGGGCAUGCAGUGGCGUCGUGCGAUUGCCCUCUUCUCCGAGAUGUCGCUGCGCUCUGUGCGGCCUAACGUGGUGACCUAUAAUUCAACGGUCAGCGCUUGCGAGAAGAACUUUCGCUGGGUUGAGGCUCUUCAGCUGGUCGAGCAGCUGGAGCGAAGCAAAGAAGGCUGCCACGAGCCACGGUCACCGGUCACGUACAAUGCGCUGCUCGCGGCUCUUGCAGGUUCA